AGGGGUCAGCCCGCCAUGGCCUCCCGAAGCCUGGGGGGCCUGAGCGGAAGCCGCUGCGGGGGCGGCGGCAGCGGCAGCGGCGGCAAGAAGAGCCUGAGCGCCCGCAACGCUGCGGUGGAGAGGAGGAACCUGAUCACGGUGUGCAGGUUUUCUGUAAAGACCCUGAUUGAUCGGUCCUGCUUUGAGACAAUUGAUGAUUCUUCUCCUGAAUUUAACAAUUUUGCAGCUAUUUUGGAACAGAUUCUAAGUCACCGGCUAAAAGAGAUUUCCCAAAGUUGCAGAUGGCUGGCUCAUCUCCAAAUACCUCUUCAAGGUCAAGUAACCUGGUUUGGUUAUGAGAGUCCUCGUAGCUUCUGGGACUAUAUCAGAGUGGCUUGCCGGAAAGUUUCACAGAAUUGUAUCUGCAGCAUUGAAAAUAUGGAAAAUGUCAGUUCCUCUAGAGCUAAGGGUAGAGCCUGGAUCAGAGUAGCACUCAUGGAAAAACAUUUAUCUGAAUACAUCUCUACAGCUCUGAGAGACUUCAAAACAACCAGGAGAUUUUAUGAGGAUGGAGCAAUUGUCUUGGGUGAGGAAGCAAAUAUGCUUGCUGGCAUGCUGCUUGGACUCAAUGCUAUUGAUUUUAGCUUCUGCCUAAAGGGAGAAGGAUUGGAUGGCAACUUUCCUGCUGUAAUAGACUAUACACCAUAUUUGAAGUUUACCCAAAGUUCUGAUAGUAUCAGCAGUGAUGAGGAAGAGCUGAGGACUUUGGGAAGCAGUGGUAGUGAAAGCAGCACUCCAGAGAAUGUCGGGCCUCCUUUCAUCAUGGAUGAGAAUAGUUGGUUCAACAAGUGUAAGCGAGUUAAACAGAAGUAUCAGCUAACCCUGGAACAGAAGGGUUAUCUUGAAGAACUCUUACGACUUCGAGAGAACCAGCUGUCUGAAUCUGUGUCCCAGAAUAAAAUACUACUGCAAAGGAUUGAAGAUUCUGAUCUGGCCCAUAAAUUGGAAAAGGAACAAUUAGAAUAUAUAAUUGUGGAACUUCAAGAUCAGCUGACUGUGCUAAAGAAUAAUGAUUUAAGAUCAAGACAAGAGUUAACUGCCCACCUCACCAACCAGUGGCCUUCCCCAGGAGCUCUGGAUGUCAAUGCUGUUGCCUUGGAUACGUUGCUUUACCGAAAACACAAUAAACAGUGGUAUGAAAAAAGUUAUCAAAGUCUUGACCAGUUAUCAGCUGAAGUUAGCCUUUCUCAGACUUCACUGGAUCCAAGUCAGUCACAAGAAGGAGAUGGAAAACAAGACACAUUAAAUUUAAUCAGUGAAGGGAAAGAAGAUACUCCCUCAUUACUUGGUCUCUGUGGGUCUCUAACAUCAGUGGCAAGUUACAAAUCUCUAACAAGUCUAAAAUCUAAUGACUACCUUGCAAGUCCUACAACAGAGAUGACAAGUCCAGGCCUAACUCCAUCCUGAAAAUUUUAUGUAAAAGCCAAAUGUUUUUAUGUUGCAAAUGUUCUAUUUACAUAAGUUUGACUGCUGGGAAAACCUUUGGAAUUUUAUAUUGUUCUGGCACAUGUCUAGAAUUCUGUUGCCUAUAUUAGCGAAUUCAAUCUACUCCACAUGAAAUUAUGAGUUAAAAAAUGAUCCUGCCAUUUUUCAUUGUAAAAUUCUUAUAUUUGUCACUGAGGAAGUUUAAAAACGAAUAGGCUUAAAAAGCUUUCAAACAUACUCUAAUAAGCCAUUGCAAUUUAUACAUAUUAUUCAGCUUAUUUUCAUAUAUUUAAAUGUAUCAUAAUUGCCAGAGACUGAAUUCAACGUUUUAUUCCAGAGACAUACGCUAAGUAUUUUCUUUCUCUCUUUUAUUCAGUGAUUAAAUUUUCUAAAAAUGACUUAUUAAUUUUAAUUUCUUCCUAGGUUCUGAUGUUUAAAUGUCUUGUUUUUAAUAGAAGAGAAGGUUCUUAGCUGCAGUUUCAAAGUGGCUUAUUCUGUUUUUCUUUAACAGUUAUCAUUUGGUAUCAACUUAACAUUUCACUUAACAUUUUAUAAAUUUUGUAGGAAUGUGCCUUUAGGCAGUUACUAAAUUUGUUAGGGUCAUAGGGAAAGUAUUUUACAGUAUUUUAGGCCAUUUAAGUAAAAUGAAUAAAUUUAUCUUUUUUUCCCCCAAGAUUUUCUUAAAAGGUUAUCAAUUUAAAAAUAUCACAUAUGCCUCAAAAGUUGGGAUCAUUUUAAAAAGUAGAACAGAUGUUGAAAAAGUAUUUUAUCAGGAAAGAUUUCAAGUUCAAUUAAAGAUUUGAGAAGCUUUUAAAUAAGGAUCAGUAGGGUAAUCACCAUACUUAACAAUAUGUCUUGACAUGCAGUGCUGUUUUUCUCUCCCUUGCAUGCAACAAUGAAUUGUCAUGUACGUUUUACAGUUUCUAUCAUUAAUCAUGCCAUAAUCUCAUUUAAAAUUGAUGUUAAAAAUCCCUACACUUCUACAGGUAAAAUUAGUUUUCUUUUUAAAAAAAGCUGUGAGCUAUAUACAUUUCUUCCCUAAAAAUUCCAAAUAUUGAAGGAGAAACUAUAUGAAGUAUAUUUUCUAGAGUAAGCAAUAUGAGGAAAACAUGAUCAGUUGUGCCAAAGAAGUUUUAUAUAUUGUUUACAUGAAGAGGCUGCAAUACUUACUGGGGACUUCAUAUGCUAUUUUUGUUCUAUUACAUUCAAACUUAGCUUUCACAUAUAGGAAGACUGUUACUCCUAAAAUAAUUUAUUUUAUUGCGAGGAGGCAAGAAACACUGAACUUAACUUACCACAUUCAUCCUUUGUAUUAGAAAUGUAGGAGUGUGCUGGUUCUCUGCAAUAUUUAGAGCUUUACUCUUAUAAUUUGGAAUUUAAGAUUAUAAAUAGUAACAAGGCUAGUCUUAUAUGUAAGACAGUUCAGAACAAUAUCAUUUCAGGGACAAAGAGGGCCUAGAGGCCCUUAAAAUAAGUUAUCUCAGAUGUACCCGAACAUACUCAGAGCAUUAUCCUUUAGCUUAAGGCUUUAGUACUUGUAGAAAUGCAAAUAUUCUUGAGAAAUGGUACCUCUAAUCUACUCUUAAUUCUGUAUACCUUAUUGUGAGGUAUCCAAAGCAAUUUUUAAUUAGCACGAGCAAUGGAAGGAAGGUAUAACAUGAGGACAAUGGAAACCUUGGGAGGAGGGAGUGAGAUAUGAUUAAGGAGGGGAACUGCAAAAAUUUUAGGCUGGCCUUAAGCACUAUUGCUGCUUUCCUAAGAACUAUCAGAAUGUUUAAGUGCUUUAUCAUUCAUGGUCCACACUCAUGUAUUAUCCUUCCGUAGUUUUAAAAAAAUCAUUGUUAAAUUUUUUGCACACAUUUUUAUAAUACAGAAAGGAAAUUCAAGAUUCCGUAACUGAUAAAUUUUUUCAGAUUUGUCUGAUGUAUACAGUAACUUGUGCAUCUUAACAUGCUGCUAAGUGCAGAUUUAAAUAUGACAUCUGAGGAUCAUGACUUUUCCUCCUUUCUUGGAGUUCUUGGUAUAAAAUUCUGCUAAUGUGAAUUCAGGUUUCUACACAGUUCAUCUCACACUAGUUAUAGAGGUAAAUGUUUGCAUGAGGAAACAAUGUAUGUCUCAAUCUUUAAUUUUAGGUGGUAGUGUUCACACACACUCUCCAAAGUAGAAUGCUGAAUGAUAUGCUAAUAUUUCCAUGUGUGUUUUGUUGCCUUGAUGUACUAUACUUGUUGCAUGCAUAUUAAACAUUUUGUAUCAUGCAUUAGUGGUCUUAUUUUUUCCUUGAUGAAGUUACUUGAUUCAAGUUGUACACUGAACUGUUGUUUCAACAAAUGUGAUAAAUGUAUAUUACUUAACACCUAACAUAGUAAUAUGAAAAUGGUUUUGAAGAAAUCCUUAUUUCAACGCAUAUGAAA